CUAGCCGAACAGAGGACAUGUGAUUGUUAAAGGUGGUGAGGGGCCUAAAAAUAGACCUCUAAGCUCCGCGGCUGAUGAGGAUGUUGUAGCAAGCAAAACCACAUGGCAAUGGCAAUGGAGAUCAUUACUCGGGAAACCAUCAAACCAUCCUCUCCAACCCCAAUUCACCUCAGGAAUUUCAAGCUCUCCCUUCUUGAUCAGCUUGCUCCUGUGUGUUAUGGAUCUCUGCUUCUCUUCUACUCUAUAAAUGCCCAAAUCAAUCACCACCUUACACUUUCAGAAAGAUCCCAGCUUUUGAAGACAUCGUUAUCUGAAACCUUAACCCGAUUCUACCCACUAGCCGGUAGAGUCAAAGAUGAUACAUCAAUCGAAUGUAACGAUUAUGGGGUUGUUUUUGUUGAAACACAAGUCAACUGUUUUCUCUCAAUGUUUCUCGGAAAACCUGAUACCCAGAUGAUAAGAACAUUGAUUCCUAUUGAAAUUGAAUCACCAGAAGCACGCAACGGUAGUUUGCUACAGGUUCAAGUCAAUUGUUUUUCCUGUGGCGGGUUGGCAAUUGGGGUGUGCAUUUCGCAGAAGAUAUCAGAUGCAAUUACAGCGGCCAUAUUCAUCAAGGAUUGGGCAGCCACGGCUGCUAGAGCUAGUUCUGGUGCAGGUUCUACCCUGCAGGCUGAGGCUCUGCUUCCAUUAUUUAAUGCAGCAUCUAUUUUCCCACCUCGAAAUUUCUCGUUCACAAAGCCAACUUCCAGGCUGAAUAAAGAGGUGUACGAUACAAAGAGAUUUGUCUUUGAAGCCUCGAAGAUCACUGCUCUUAAGGCUAAAGCUGCCAGUGAAAGUGUGAAAAAUCCAACAAGAGUUGAAGCCGUGACAGGGCUCAUCUGGAAAUGCGCAAUGAAUGCUUCAAGAUCACACACACAGCAUUUCAGGCUAUCCAUACUCUCCCAAUCUGUGAAUAUACGCAGAAGAAUAACACCUCCAUUGCCUGAGCACACUAUUGGGAACCUUGCAGGACACUUCGCUUCAAAGGUUACAGAGGGCGAGAUAGAAUUGGCAAGCUUAGUUAGUCAUCUGAGAGAAGGGGUGAAAGAUUUUGGUGAAAAUUAUGUGAAGAAACUUCGAGGAGAUGAUGUUUUUGUGGCUCUUCGUGAAUCUUUCAAGGAAGCACGACACAUACUUCAAGAUGGCAAUAUAGACUUCUAUAUAAGCACCAGUUUGUGCAGGUUUCCAUUCUACGAUAUUGAUUUUGGCUGGGGAAAGCCCUUGUGGGUGACAGUUCCAAUUGGGGCUUUCAAGAAUGUUAUUGUAAUGAUAGACGGUAGAGAUGGGGAUGGAAUUGAGGCUUGGGUGACUCUGACUGAAGAAGACAUGGCAUUUUUUGAACGUGAUCGAGAUUUGCUUGCAUUUGCUUGUUUGAAUCCUAGUGUACCCUCCAAUCCCAUCACCCCCAAGUCCUGUCUUUGAAAAUUUUCAUCAACAAAUAUAUGUUUUUAUGCUUUGUUUUGGAGUUUUGGGUGAUGCAGAAAGAAUUGUGGGUGAUGCAUACUUGUUUUUGUCUUGGCGUGUGCCAAUUACACUUGUUUGUCCUUAUUAAAAAUAAAAUUUAGAACUCAAAUAAGGGUAUGGGCUUCAAACUAUUAUAAAUCUUGGCCUUAUUCCAAAUCCAAACAUGAAUAAAUGAAUGAUUAAUGACCGAACUCUUUAUAAGCAGAAGAAUUAAAAGUCUCUUUUACUGUCUUGUAGGAAGAAUCAAAGACAAUAGCUCAAUUGAAGGCAACGAUGGGGUUUUCUAUAUUGAAGUUCAUGUUAAUUGCCCCAUCUCAGGGCUACUGAGACAGCCUCCACAUGUUGAGGUACUUGAACAAUUUCUUCCUGGAACUAAUCAGCCUCUACUCUUUGUCAAGAAAAGUUGUCCACAUGUGGUGGAUUAGCAAUCGUGCUUCACAUUUCCCACGAGAUUGCUGUUGCAGCCACCAUUGGCACCUUCCUGAAAGGCUGGGCUACAGUGGCUGCAGAUGGCAAUAUUACCAGCUGAUGCGGUUAAUUAAGACCAUAGCAAGCAAGCCUACAACAAGAAGAUACGUGUUUGGUGCCUCCAAGUAUUGCUGCUCUUAAGGCAAAAGCAGCCACAAAUUGUAGCCGCUCAUCUUAUUACUAUAAAUAUCAAUUAUUAUUAUUAUUAUUAUUAU